AUGAGUUAUCUACUAUCAAAAGUCCGCUCAGAAGGUGAAUCUCGUAUGAAUGAAGAAAAGAAAAUUGCUGAUCGUAAAAGAAACUUAAUAGUGCUUAUAUUGAGAUACCUAACAAACAUUGGGUAUAUAGAAUCAUCUUAAAAGCUUGAAUCAGAAUCUCAUAUAAGCCUUGACAGCUGGGAAGUAGCAGACAAUAUAGAUUUGUAUUAAAUAAUUAUGGAGUUUGAAUAAUACUAUGAUAUAAGAUUUGGAAAGCUUCCUAAGCUAGUAAGAAAGGUUAAUGAUGACUAAAAAAAAAAGAUGCCAUCUUUUCCGAAGAUAUCUACUCCAACAAAAGCAUCAAGCACUUCAAGCAAUAUAAAAUAAGAAUUAUAAAAUAACAGCAAUUCUAGCGUGAACAGCAAUUUAAAUACAACAGGAUCUUCUACUUAAAGAGUAGGAAGUUAGCUAGGGGGUUUACCUCCAAAAAAUUUAGCGCAGAAUGCAAAUAAAAAAGUCAAAUCGUAAAAUAGCAGUUUGGAUGAAAAAGGAGUAGACCAAAAUAACACACUUAAUAUGGAAAUUUAGGGUUAAUCAGCUCUUGGAGCUAAAAAAAAUGAAGAAGAAUCUACUGAAAAUAAUUUUUUUGAUGUUAGAGUAUUAAAAGGAAUGCCUGAUUUUGGUGAUGUUUAAGAAUUAAAAGAAUUAGCUGCAUAUUUAUAAAGGGAUAUACUAGUUGAAAAUCCAAAUGUUAAAUUUAAAGAUAUAGUUGGACUUGAUGAUGCAAAAAGAUUGUUAAAAGAGGCUGUUUAAAUUCCUUUAAAAUAUCCUCAUUUUUUCACUGGAAUAUUAGAACCUUGGAGAGGAGUUCUAUUAUAUGGACCACCAGGUACAGGUAAGACUAUGCUUGCAAAAGCUGUGGCCACAGAAUGUGGAACAACAUUUUUUAAUAUAUCUGCCUCUUCUGUAGUAAGUAAAUGGAGAGGUGAAUCAGAAAAGUUGAUAAGAGUCCUCUUUGAAUUAGCUAGACAUUAUUAGCCUUCAACUAUUUUCUUAGAUGAAUUAGAUUCUAUUAUGUCGUAAAGAAAAGGAGGAGAUAAUGAACAUGAAGGAAGUAGAAGAAUGAAGACAGAGCUUUUAAUAUAAUUAGAUGGGCUGAUGAAAAACAAAGAAAGAGUUUUCUUAUUAGCAGCAAGUAAUUUACCAUGGGAUUUAGAUGUAGCAAUGCUAAGAAGAUUAGAAAAAAGAAUUUUAGUUCCUCUUCCAAGUAAAGAAGCAAGAUAAAAUAUGAUUGAGUAAUUUUUACCUGAAGGAAUAGCAUAAGAUUUGAAUUAUCAAGAAAUUAGUGAAGCAUUAGAGAAUUAUUCAGGCUCAGAUAUAAAAUUAUUGUGUAAAGAAGCAGCUAUGAAACCAUUAAGAAGACUUAUAAAUUAAAUUGAAAAAUCUAAUAUAGAAUAAGAAGAUAUGUAAAAAAAUCGUAAGCAGAAAUUUUAAUAACAGCAAUCAAUCAAUCCACAAGAAGUAAAACCCGAUCCUGUCACUAACGAAGAUAUUGUUGAGGCUCUUAAAACUACUAAGCCUUCUUCUUUUAUAAAAACAUAAGCUUAUGAAAAAUGGGCUAAGGAACAUGGUUCAGUUUGA